CCCCCACCCACACCCACACGCUGCUAUUUUUCCCGCCAUUUUAUACUUCCUCAUAUACCGUAUCUCCUCACAGAGGGAGAGAAAGGAAAUCAAUGGGAGCAGCAAACCCAGCAGCGGAAGCCCUAAUCUUCCUCCGACGUCGUAUCUGCAGUCCUAAAUUCGUCUUCUCUCCUUUCUCCGAUUCCCCACACAGCAACUUCAGCAAGUUGAAAUUUAUAAUAUCGAGUUCGGUCACUGAGGCAUGUAACAAUUCGGUUGUGCUUCUUGGUCCCCGUGGCUGCGGAAAAAUGGCGGUGGUGGACCUUGUUCUUGAAGAUCUGUUGAAAGAAUAUCCUGACAUGAUAUCAGUGAUAAAACUGGAUGGGCUUUUACAUAGUGAUGACAACUGCGCACUCAAGGAAAUUGCUAGACAAUUAUGUGCAGAGCAUGAAUUAUUGUUCUCAAAAAUGGCAUCAUUUGAUGAUAACUCCCAGUUCAUGAUAGCAAUGUUAAAGGAAUGUGGGUUAGCUCAUAAAACAGUUAUUUUUGUGUUGGAUGAGUUUGACCUAUUUGCACAGGGCAAGCAACGGCUGCUUUAUAGCUUGCUAGAUGCAAUGCAAUCUGUAGCAUCACAAGCUGUUGUAGUUGGCAUGAGUUGUCGAUUGGAUGCUGAUCAGCUCCUGGAAAAAAGAGUAAGAUCUCGUUUCUCACAUAGGAAACUGUUGUUUCUUCCUCCAUCAAAAGAGGAUUUGCAUAGACUGUUAAAGCAUGUCCUACUCUUGCCAACAGAUUCAAGCAUUCCUAGUGAUUAUGUAGCUGAGUUCAAUGAGAAACUUGUUAAUAUAUUGGCCGAGGAGAGAUUCAAUCAAAUAAUUGAUACAUUAUCAAAUUGUGAUUCCACAUUUAACCAUCUUUUAAGGUUUCUAUUUUCUGCUGUUUCUCAUAUAUAUCUGGAAACUGGGUUCCUGUCGUUCCAAAACUUCAAAGCGGCUCUUUCAAGUAUCCAAAGGCAGCCAAAGUUAGAGAGCUUAAAAGAUUGCUCCGUCCUAGAACUUUAUAUCUUAGUUUGCAUGAGGAGGCUUGAAGUCAAAGAACAAGAUUCAUACAACUUCAAUUCUGUAAUGAAAGAGUACAAAAGCAUACAUGAUUCAUUCCAGACAUCAGAUUAUUAUGCAUGGAAUAUAUGCUUACGGGCAUUUGAGCACCUUUUAGAACGCCAGUUAUUCUCUUUUGUGGACCACAGAGGGCACAGUCAACCAAUUGAAUUUCGACCAGCCAAACUCUUAAUCUCCUACCAUGAACUAUAUCAAGGCUUGAAAUCAUAUCGAUCUUGUCCGGUGAGUUUUAAGCAAUUCUUCAGAAAUUAAUUGAUCGUGAAGGUUGAAAUUAAAGUUGAAACAGCUGAAGGGAUGCUUCCAAAUACCAUACAUAUCUUUGUUGGGAAUUGGAAUUCAAUUAUUAAUUAGCUGCUUCUGAGACCCACCAAAAUGCCAUCCUGAAGGGGGAAAGGUAGCAGCAGUGAAACGUUGGUGAUUUUUCUUCUUCCUGCUACUAGUAUGUUUCGUCUUUUAUAUUUGUAUUCUAAAGGUAACUUGACACUUGAUCAGAGACUCUGGCUGAUUCAAUAAUAAGAGAGUGCUUUUCAAAACAUGAUUGUGGGUAGUUGUGAAGAAACAUGUGCUCACAGAUCGACCUAUAAGAAAGGAAAAAAAAGGAAAGAAAAUCUCCUUAUGGUUAUGGAUUUUCCCAAAGAAAGGUUUUUUUUUUUCUUUUUAAAUUUCUUUUAUCGAGCAUUUGAACUUUUAAGGAAAUUAUGUA